AUGGCCGCCGCCGGCUACCAGCUCGUCCCAAGCCGGGACAGCGAGGAGACCUGCGUGUCCGAGGGCGAUGCAAAGGCCGCUUUCAAGGAGCAGCAACUGCCCGUCCCUGUGUCCAUCGAGGGCACCGGUGUCAACUCUGCAACCCGCAGGAACCGCCGUUUCUUGCUGCUCAAGGCGGUCGUCUCCGUCCUUCUCCUGGGCUCUGCUGCUGUGGCCGCAUGCUGUGCCUACCGCAGCCCUUCCUUCCAGGCAGUCUGGACGGACAGACCCAUCACUCCGCACGUUGCAUCCUCAGCUGCUACUGACCAGAGCGUCAACUUCGGCGUCGGUAUCGGCGAUGUGACCGGCCCUGUGGUCGAAGUCAACAUGAUGGGAUACGCUUCCCUUCCGCAGACCAACACCGGACUCCACAUCCGCCUUCGCUCCCGCGCCUUCAUUGUCGGCUCGGCUCAGGCCGAAUCGCCGAGCUUCCACGCACGACUCGCGUCGCGAUUCAAGAGCUUCAUUCCGACCGCCGAUGGCGCAGCCGAUCGAUGGAUCUUCAUUAACUCGGACAUCUGCAUGGGCGACAGCGCGCUGCGCAAAGCCGUAGUCGACCGCCUCCGCCAAGAGCAUCCAGGCUUGUACGGAGAGCGCAACGUAGCCUUUGUUGGCACCCACUCGCACGCCGGACCUGGCGGGUUCAUGCAGGCACUGCUGCCCACGCUCACCUCCAAGGGCGUCAUCCUGCAGAACUUCGACGCCAUCGUCGAAGGAACCGUCCGUGCCGCUCUUCGUGCGCACGACGAUUAUCAGGCACGAAGCGACCGCAUCGCCCAAGGAGCAGGUGCCCGCCUCAGCUAUGGCAAGACGAGGCUUGAGGAUGCGCACAUCCAGCGCAGCCGCUAUGCGUACGAGCAGAAUCCGCAGCACGAGCGAGACCUGUACAACGACGAAGACCAGGAUCACGACUUUAGCCUGCUCAAGUUUGAGGAUCUUUCCCCGAAUGACGAGCAGCCUGCUUCGGCAGCUGGCUUUCUAUCUUGGUACGCCGUGCACGGCACAUCGCUGUACGAGAACAACACGCUCACCUCGGGCGACAACAAGGGGCUCGCGGCGCUGCUGUACGAGAGUGCUCAGCAGCCCGACCAGCUGCCGGGGCAGAACAGCUUUGUCGCCGGCUUCUCACAGGCUCUGGUGGGCGAUACGUCGCCCAACACCAAGGGUGCGUGGUGUGACGAUGGCUCGAAGUGCGAACACAAACACUCGACCUGCAGCAACAGCAAGGGCCAGGAUCGCGUGCAGACCUGUCAUGGUCGCGGGCCCGCCUGGGGUCACGACGAGUAUAUCGAGGUCAGCCCGACGGGCAGCUACGAUUUUGCGUCCAACGAGAUGAUUGCGCGCAAGCAGGUCGAUGCGGCCCGCAGCAUCAUGGAGCGCGAUCCCGAGGCCACAGGACAUGUGGAAGACGAGUAUGAGCGCACGACGAUGCUCACUGGGCCCGUCAAGAGCGUCAAGAUGAACGUCGAUAUGAGCCAGUAUACGGUCUACAGGCCGGAUGGUACGCGCGUCAAGACGUGUCCUGCGGCGCUUGGGUACGGCUUUGCGGGCGGCACGACCGAUGGACCCGGUGCAUUUGACUUUGUGCAGGGCAGCAACAAGACCGACCAUCACAACCCGUUCUGGGACGUGGUCAAGGGAUUCAUCAAGAACCCAGGCCCGGAGCAGAUCGAGUGUCAGGCUCCCAAGGCGGUUCUGCUCGACAUUGGCGAGAUCCACAAGCCGUACGACUGGGGACCGUCGGUGGUGGAAGUGCAGAUGCUGCGUGUUGGGCAGCUGUUCAUCCUCAUCGUUCCGGGAGAGUUUACGACCAUGGCCGGCAGGAGGUUGAAGCGCGCCGUGUCGGACGCGAUCGUGCGCGCGGGGUUGCUGCCGGAGGGGAUGGAGCCGAUCGUGCAGGUGAGCGGUCCUGCCUCGACGUACGGGCACUACGUCACGACGGAGGAGGAGUACAGCGUGCAGCGGUACGAAGGGGCGAGUACGCUGUUUGGGCCGCAUACGCUCGAGGCAUAUAUGGAUGUGUUUUCGCGUCGUCUGGUGCCUGCGCUGCGCGAAGGGGCGCGCGACCUGCCCGUGGGCCCUCAGCGCGCGUUUGACAUCCAGAAGGCGUGGAAGUUCAAGACGGGCGUGGUGUACGACAACCCGCCGAUCGGACACGCGUUUGGAGACGUGCUCGAACAGCCACUGCUGUCGUAUCCGAUCCCGAACCGUGCCAACGCUACGCUGUUCAACGACUCGCCGGUGGACGUGCGGGCUGCACCGUCGAACAUCAGCGUGACGUUUGUUGCGAGCAAUCCGCGCAACAACCUGCGUCUCGAAGGGACGUACUUUGAGGUGCAGCGCUACAGUGACCGUGGUGAGUGGGUCACUGAGCGUACGGAUGGACACCACUCGACCACGAUGCGUUGGACACGCACUAACGAGCUGCACGGAUCGUCUAAGAUCCAGAUCAGCUGGGCGGUGGAGGCGUGGACCCAACAGGGGCUGUAUAGGAUCGUGUACUAUGGCGAUCGAAAGGCUCCCUUCACCGGCAAGAUCUCGCCCUUCCAAGCUACGUCGGCCGAGUUCUACCUCGUCUAG